AUGGAUCCGCCUCCUGUCCUGCUUUCUACUCUGUCCCAGACCUGCUCCUGCCUGGCAGAAACCUGUGUGGAACAGGGGAGAAGCCCAGCCACAGCAGAGCCAGGCAGAGACUCCUCCUUUCCCGGUGGUCAGCCGCCCAGCUCCAGCCUCACUGAUGCUGACUGCUUUGGGGAUGAGCACAUCCAGGCAAAGAGAGCCAGAGUUGAGACCAUUGUCCGAGGCAUGUCUCUCUCUCCUAGUUCAGGCAGAGCCAGGGAGAGCUUACGCUGUGCAGAAAGGGCCCGGGAGCGGAAGAGAAAGCAGAGCCUUCCCAUGCACCAAGGUCCCCUGAAAUCUAUCCCUGUCUGGGAUACAGGACCCAAGAAAGGGGGCACCCGGGUGAAAGAACAGCUUCUUCUGCUGAAGCAACAGCUAAGAUAUCUGCAGGAUCAUGUCCUACAGGCCGCUGAGCCCAGAGCACCAGUGCAGGGCCCAGGAGGUACUGAGCGAAGAAAUCCCCCGAGUGCAAAACAGGGCAACAGCUGCCCGGCCUGCCCCUGGACCUUGGAGAGUAAACUCCACCCGAGUCCUAGCAAGGACCUCUGUGGAGCAGUAACGACCAGAACGGCUGAGGUUCAACAGCAGUCAGAGGAGCCCAUGGUCCGUCCUUCUGGACCACAGGCUUUGGUGGAGACUCUGAGGAAAGAACUGAACAGGGCCAUAUCCCAGGCUGUGGACUCUGUAUUACAGCAGGUCCUACUGGAUCCACCGGGCCACCUCACCCAGCAGGAUGGAAGCUGCCAGGGGCUAGCAUCAGAGGACAGAAGCCAGCCUUCACUUCCAGGGAGAAGUGCCUAUAAGGACCCACUUGCUCUUGCCAACCUGCCCAAGAGGGUCCAGCCACAAGCUGGGGUUCCCUUGGGCAAUUCAACACUGGCUAGGCCUCUAGAUUCUCCUAUGUGUCCUGUCUCUCCAAGGGAAACCCCCAAACCUUAUCAGGGUUCCCUGUCAACUUGUCCCUUGACAGCGGUGCCUUCCAACAUUUGGGAAAAUCAGAUUCUUAGCCAGCUUCUGGGUCGUGGGCCUGAUAGCCAUUGGAGUGGUAGCCCUCCUCAGGACUCAUCUUCCCAAAGUCAUACCUCCCCAGCAGCUGCCCAGCAACUUUGGGGUUUAGGCCAACAGCAGCUACCCCUGUCUUUCACCCCUGUCCACCUGAAAGGCCAGCCUCUUCUACCCUCUGUGAAGAUGGAGCAGGGUUUGCUGCAGGGCAUGGCUGACACAGUUCCUUUCUCUUCCAUCCACAUCCAGGAAGGCCUGAGCCCUGGACACUUGAAGAAGGCCAAACUCAUGUUCUUCUUCACGCGUUACCCCAGCUCCAGCCUCCUGAAGGCGUAUUUCCCUGAUGUUCAGUUCAACCGUUGCAUCACCUCCCAGAUGAUCAAGUGGUUCAGCAACUUCCGUGAAUUUUAUUACAUCCAAAUGGAAAAGUAUGCCCGGCAAGCAAUUUCAGAUGGUGUCACAAACCCCCAAAUGCUGGCAGUUCUCCGUGACUCAGAGCUUUUUCGAGUUCUCAAUACACACUAUAACAAGGGAAAUGACUUUGAGGUCCCAGACUGCUUCUUGGAAAUUGCCACCUUGACAUUACAGGAGUUCUUCAGGGCUGUCUCCGAAGGGAAAGACUCAGAUCCUUCCUGGAAGAAACCCAUUUACAAAAUUAUUUCAAAACUGGACAGUGACAUCCCAGAGAAACUCAAAUCUUCCAACUAUCCCCAGGGAUUGUUUCCAAGUUAA